AUGGCUUCCCCGGAUGCACAGAAACAGAAGAAAGCGAAGGCGGCGGCCACCUCUACAUACCCUCUAGAGAUGCAACCUGUCCCUGCGUUUUUUGAUCAUCGUAUAAAGAUGUUUGAAGAGUUGAAAGCCGAAUAUGAUGCAUCGGUGAAGGCUAAACCUCGUGAGGAUAUCACUAUCACAAUGCCGGACGGAUCGACAAAGUCGGGUAAGAGUUGGGAUACAAGUCCUAUGGAUAUCGCAAAGGAAAUCUCGAAAAGUCUUUCUGAACGCGUUGUCAUCGCUAAAGUUGAUGGUAACGUCUGGGAUCUUGAAAGACCGUUGGAGGCAUCUUGCAAGCUGGAAUUGCUUGAUUUCGAGCAUCCUGAAGGAAAGCGCGUUUUCUGGCAUUCAUCUGCCCAUGUUCUCGGCGAAGCGUCCGAAAAGCAUUAUGGAUGUCACCUCUGCCUUGGUCCUCCCACUGAUGACGGUUUCUUCUACGAGAUGGGCAUCGAAGACAGAGCCGUUACCGUAGCAGACUAUCCCGCUUUAGAAAAAGUUUCUGAGAGUGCUAUCAAGGAAAAGCAGAAGUUUGAACGCCUGAUAGUUUCUAAAGAGAAACUUUUGGAGAUGUUUGGGUAUAACAAGUUCAAAAAAUACUUGAUUGAAACCAAGGUUCCCGACGGCACAUCUACCACGGUAUAUCGAUGUGGGCCUAUGAUAGAUCUUUGCGUCGGACCACAUAUACCGCAUACCGGCAAAAUCAAAGCUUUCAUGAUUACCAAGAGUUCUGCGUCAUAUUUCCUAGGAGAUUCCAAUAAUGAAUCUUUGCAGCGGAUAUACGGUAUCUCCUUCCCAGAUAAAAAGCAGUUGUCGGAGUACAAAAUUUUCCUUGCGGAGGCUGCAAAGCGGGAUCACAGGAAGAUCGGAAAGGAGCAAGACCUUUUCUUCUUCAACGAUCUCAGUCCCGGAAAUUGCUUCUUUUUACCUCACGGCACCCGCAUUUACAAUGCACUUAUCGAGCUGCUUCGGUCCGAGUAUUUUAAGCGAGGUUACCAGGAAGUCAUCUCGCCAAACAUGUAUAGCAGCAAAUUGUGGGAAACGUCAGGGCACUGGCAAAACUAUAAAGACGAUAUGUUUGUACUGGACGUUGAAAAGGAGAAAUGGGCCCUCAAACCGAUGAACUGCCCGGGGCAUUGUCUCAUCUUUGAUUCAAGAGACCGUAGCUACAAGGAGUUGCCUAUUCGUAUGGCAGAAUUUGGUAUUCUACAUCGUAAUGAAGCUUCGGGUGCGUUAACGGGAUUGACGCGCGUACGGAGAUUCGUUCAGGACGAUACUCAUGUCUUUUGUAUGCCAUCCCAGCUCGAGGACGAGAUCAGUGCGCUCUUCGACUUUAUGCAACACGUCUACGGGAUGUUCGGAUUUGAAUUCUAUCUCGAGCUCUCUACGCGUCCGGAUAAUUACUUGGGCAAGAUUGAAACCUGGGACGUCGCGGAAAAUCAACUGAAGAAGGCUCUGGACAAGCACUAUCCAGGGCAAUGGGAGCUUAAUCCAGGUGAUGGCGCUUUCUAUGGCCCCAAGAUUGAUAUCACUGUCCGAGAUGCUCUGCGCCGAUCAUUCCAAUGCGCAACGAUCCAACUGGACUUCCAACUUCCUGAGCGGUUCAAUCUCAAAUAUCGAUCAGCAGAAGACUUUGGCAAUCCAGACAAGCCCCCAUCGAGACCGGUUAUGAUUCAUCGUGCAAUCCUUGGAAGUAUGGAGCGAUUCAUUGCCAUCGCUACGGAGCAUUUUGCUGGGAAAUGGCCGUUUUGGCUAUCUCCACGCCAGAUUGUUGUGAUCCCUGUUGCCGCUCCUUAUAAAGACUAUGCAGGCCAAAUCGUCGACCGGCUCUCAGCUCUAGGACUUUACGCCGAAGUCGAUAAUUCGGACAACACUCUUCCCAAAAAGAUUCGUAAUGGCGAGAUUUCCCAAUACAACUUUAUCCUUGUUGUUGGUCAAGAAGAGCUAGAUGCUCAGUCAGUAAAUGUUCGAAAUCGGGAUGAUAUCGGGACGAAAUCUAAGGGCCAAAUGGUUCCGCUGGAUGAAAUCGUGGCCAAGUUUGUGGAAUUGAAAGCAUCUAGAAGGCUGGAGAACCAGUUUAUAUGA